AUGAUUAUAGAUAUGCUCACCAAUAUUAUUUGGAGCUUUGCUAGAUAUUUCUUGCUGUUUCUGUUUGCAACGAUUAUCUACUUUGCUUACAAGCUAUUUUAUGUUCCUUUGGCAUUCAGAAAGAAAUUUUCAAAGUAUAAGAACGUGUAUAUAACAGAGAAGUUCAAUCCUAUCUUGGGAGAACUUAAGCCUUCCUUGGAUGAUAUUAACAACGGAAGAGCCUUCUACGACAACUUGAAAAAGUUGCAACCAAAAAUGAAAGGAACUGACAUGAAAGUUUUUGUACAAGGGUUUGAGCCAAUGAUUACCUUGGUUUCGAACAAAGCCGUCAAGGAAGCUGCUGCCUUGAUUCCAUCCAAGAUUGAUAGGGCUGAAGUUCAGAGUAAUUACAGAUUGAAAAUUGGAGGAUUGAAGUUUGUUGAUGGAUCUUUUAUCAAUUCCCCAUCCUCUAAAGAUAUUGUUGAAAGAAGGAAGAGCUACUUUAAACUGCUUGGAGUUAGUAGCUCUUCCCAGCACAUCCCUACCAUUGUGAAGAUUGCUGUUGAAACUCUAUCAAAGAUACAGGGAAAGAAGGAGGUUAAGAUCUUAGAAGAGAUAAACUACAUGACCACCAAAGUAUUCAUGACGAUUCUUUUUGGUAAUGACUUGGACGACUUCCUAUCCGAAAAACACGACUACGAAGCUACAGAUGGAUCUAUUGCUAAGUACAACCUGAUCGAAUUCUUCGGUCACUUGUUAAAUUCUUCUCACGUUGAAGCUUCGAAUCCAAUGACAAUGUUCUUCCCUAUUUUGAACAGGCUGAAUAUUAUUAACCCUUGGAAGAGAAACUAUAGCAACAUGAUGAGGCUUAAGAGUAUAAUGAAGAAGGUUCUUAAUAAUUCCCAGGACAAGAACUCAGUUUGGCACCAGAUAUCCCAACUGGAGAAGUUUAAUAAAGAAGACAUUUUUAGUGAUUUGCUGCUGAUUAUUAUGGGAGGCGGAGACACAAUCUCUCAUGGAUUUGUAUCAAUGCUGUACUUCCUGAAGAAAUAUCCUUCCACCCUCUCUAAGCUGAAACAGGAGCUUGCCCAGCACGGGUUCACUAAGGGCUGCGAUCUUGGCCAGAUGUUCACUAUGGAAAAUAUCCAGAAGUUGGAAUAUCUUUCAUAUGUGAUCAAAGAGGUUUUAAGAAUUGAUGCUCCAAUACCUACUACCAUGAAUUACUAUGCUUUUAAAGAUGUUGAGAUAUGUGAUGUUCCUAUCCCUAAAGGCACUUUAAUUUAUUUGGAUGUUGUUGGAACACACUAUGAUGAGACCCAAUGGCUUGAUCCUUAUGUGUUCGAGCCUGAUAGACACGACCCUAGUUCUGAUUUUGCAAAGAAGUCUAAAGAUUUAGGUAUUGUUCCCAAUGUUUAUUCUAAGAGAGCUUUCGGCCAUGGAUCAAGAGGAUGUCCAGGCCAAGCCUUUGCAAAUCUAGAGCUUAAAGUUCUAGCAGCAUUCUUCAUCCCUCACUUUGAUUAUUCAGUACCAGAAGAAUGGUUGAACAAAGAAGGAAUAGGGUUCUCUUUAGGAACAGAGUUUCCUUUGAAUCUAAAAGUUCUCUAA